AUGGGAAGACGGAGCCCCCGGAUACCCUUUUGGAUCAUCUUGCCCAAGUCGGUCCUUGCGACGAUAGACCGAAUUCUCCUCAUCCUCCGCAGCAGCCAGACGUAUGCUUUCCAUUGCCUCAUUGCUCCGAUUCGUCUCCUCUCCCAGCCACACCAUGACAUUAGCAGCUUGUCCAUAGAUGGUUCCCACCAACGGCGCAACGCAACCAUCUGGUCUACCUCCUCCAUCUAUGGCAUGUCCCCCAAGAAACCCACUGCCGGUCUCUCUCUUCUCCGUCGGUAUGUUGAAAAGGAUCAUGAGGAUGCCCCCACGGUCACAAUGUUCCUCCGGGCGUGCUGGGACUGUGAAAGGCACACUCCAAUCUGUGAUCGGGCUGGUGUGCGCGCUAGUGUAGGAAUGUAA